AUGCGUGUGUAUACUUACGUCACUUCCUUCAUUGUCGUGACCUUAACACACGCGCAACGGGACGCAUCUCGUUACCUCUACUUCAACACGCCAGGGAGCAGCCUGUCUUCGUCAUUGCCUAUCGGCAAUGGUCGCGUUGCUGCAGCUGCUUACGGCACCACAUUGGAGAGGAUUACAAUCAACGAAAAUUCAGUAUGGAGUGGGCAAUGGCAGGAUCGUGGCAACUCGCAAUCGUUGAACGCACUAUCUUCCAUCCGACAGAAGUUGAUGGAUGGAGAUAUGUCAAGCGCCGGACAACAGACCCUUGAUGCAAUGGCUGGAAACCCACAGAGCCCGAAACAGUACCACCCAACAGUGGAUAUGACCAUUGACUUUGGCCACAGUGGUACCUUGGGCAGCUACACAAGAAUCCUGGACACUCGGCAAGGCACAGCGAUGACCACCUAUAUCCUUGGCGGGGUGAACUAUACCCUCAUGGGAGCAGCGCAUCUGACAAGCUUCAGGCGCGAGUAUGUAGCGAGCUACCCGGCAGGUGUACUUGCUUUUAGGAUGAUGGCAAAUCAAGCCGGGAAGCUGAAUGUGGAUAUUGCGCUCGCAAGGAGCCAGAAUGUAGCUUCGAACGCCGCGUCAUCUUCUGGCAACAUCAAUUCGAUCACGCUGAAGGGGAAUGGUGGCAUUCCGUUCACCGCAGAAGCGAGGGUUGUCAGUGAUACAGGCUCUAUUUCUGUCAACGAAAAGACAAUGUCGGUCAAGGGAGCUACAAUAGUAGACAUAUUUUUCGACGCGGAGACAUCCUAUCGUUAUGGAAGUGCGAGCGCAUGGGAAUUAGAGUUAAAAAACAAACUUGACAACGCGGUCAAAGCUGGCUAUAAUGCCGUGAAGACCGCUGCUGUCAAAGACGCCGAAGGAAUACUGUCGCGCGUCAAUAUUAACCUUGGUUCAUCCGGCUCUGCUGGCACACAGCCCAUCCCUUCUCGCCUCUCAAACUACAAAAAGAACGCCGGCGCUGAUCCUGAAUUGGUUACUCUGUACUUCAAUUACGGUCGCCAUCUGCUUCUUGCAUCUUCACGCGAUACUGGCGAUCGAUCCUUGCCCGCCAAUCUCCAGGGUAUUUGGAAUGACAACUACGACCCUCCAUGGCAAAGUAAGUAUACCGUGAAUAUCAACACCGAGAUGAACUACUGGCACGCCCUUACGACCAACUUGGACGAAACUCACAAGCCGCUAUUCGAUCUCGUAGAUAUGACUCGCGCUCAAGGUAGAGCCAUGGCGAAGAAAAUGUACGGCUGUAACGAUGGAUUUGUUGUACAUCACAACACAGACCUGUGGGGUGAUGCAGCUCCAGUCGACAAGGGUACGCCGUAUACGCAUCUCAUGGAGCACUACCGUUUCACACAGGACAAGAACUUCCUUCAGAACCGCGCCUGGCCAGUGUUGAAGGAUGCCGCGAACUUCUACUACUGCUAUUUGUUCAUGUACAAUGGCAGCUAUGUCACAGGACCGUCGCUGUCGCCCGAGAACACGUUCGUCGUUCCGUCAAACAUGCGAACCGCAGGAAAGACGGAGGGUGUCGAUAUAGCCCCCACAAUGGACAAUGAGCUUCUCUGGGAAUUGUUCAAUAACGUCAUCAGCGCUGGUAAAGCUUUGGGGAUCACGGACAUCACCGUCUCCAAGGCCAAAGAUUACUUGUCCAAGAUUAAGGAACCAAAAAUUGGCUCAAAAGGUCAGCUUCUCGAGUGGCGCAACGAAUACAAGGAAGGCGAGCCGGCGCACCGACAUUUCAGCCAUCUCUUUGGCCUGUUCCCUGGCUCACAGAUGACACCGCUCGUGUCCGAAACGUUGGCGCAGGCUUCUAAGGUCGCACUCGACAAUCGUAUGCGCGCUGGCUCUGGAAGCACAGGGUGGUCGCGCGUGUGGGCCAUGAAUCUCUACGCACGAUUGUUAGACGGUGCAAACGUUUGGUCCAACGCCGUCACGUUUCUGCAGACAUACACACUGGAUAACUUGUGGAACUCCGGCGAGAACAGAUGGUUCCAAAUCGACGGAAACUUUGGCUUUACCUCCGCCAUCGCAGAAAUGUUGUUGCAAAGUCAUUCAGUCGUGCAUAUUUUGCCCGCAUUACCCAAAUCAGCGAUUCCGAAGGGUAGUGUGAAAGGUCUUGUUGCGCGAGGCAAUUUUGUGGUGGAUAUUGAUUGGAGUGGAGGGUCUAUGACGCAAGCCACAGUCACGGCGAGAAGUGGCGGCGAAGUGGCGCUGAGGGUUGAGAAUGGUGCUGCUUUCAAAGUGGACGGAAAGGUGUACACGGGAACCGUUGAAGACGAAUGUGGGAGGGAAGUACACUAUUACAAAGGCCCUGAAGACGGAAAUCAGCAGCUCUGA